AAGAGAAAUAAAAUAAGAGAAUAAAAGAUAAAUACAUGUUAAUUUAACAUAUAAUAAAUGUUACUUUUACUAAAGAAAUAUGCUUGCACAAUUUGUUUUCAAAUUGUAUCAAAGUAUUACACUUUUUGCAUUAUUUUUUACAUAAUGUUAGUAUUAUUUUCUAACAUUAUUCAUCUUAUGUUAAAAAUUUGGAUAUCAUUUGGGACAUGUGAAAUAUGGCAAAUCAGCUGACUCAAUACUGAUAUUGCAAGUUUCUAACAACAAAAAGGCGCCCAAAAAGAUAAAGAUGUAUAGACAGCUGCAGAUCUGUGAGCCUUUGCCCAAGCUAAAAAAUCUUUAUGAGAAUUCGGAGCGUAUCGAAAACAAAGACUUCGAAUCUUUCAAAAAUAUCGUACUGGAUGCUUUGGAAGAAAUAUCUUUUUAUUAUGAAAGGACCGAAUUUAACAACUUAAAUAAGGUAUGCCUCGAUAUAGCUAGUAAACAUGGCCUAACGAUAUUCGUAAAAAGUUUAUUGCGUGAAGGAGUAAAUCCUAACAGAGUGAACAAGCUAUUCAAAUCCGCGCCUAUUCAUUUCGCCACCGAAGGCGGACACGUCGACACGUUGGAAGCUUUACUAGCUGAGCCGACGGUAAAUCCUAAUCUCCAGGCUGGACAGAAGACCGCUCUGCAUAUCGCGGUGAACAGAGACGACCGAAUGUGUGCCUCUGUGCUUCUGCAAAAAGGUGCUAACGCUAAUAUUCUUAGCGAAGGCCGGCCUGCUCUCUAUCUAGCGGCAGAGAAGAAAAAGAGAGACAUGGUAUUACUAAUACUACAAAAACACGAACAAAACCUAGAUUUAGAUGAUUAUAGGGAACGCAACCAGACGACACGAGACAUGAUCAAGCAGAAUUUCUCAGAAAUGUUGUUCUUUCUGAACAAACCUUAUGCACGUCAGUUUGCUACAACUUAUAUUAAUGAUCUCCAUUAUUAUCUGACUAUUAACGAUGAAAAAAAUUUCCUGGAGAAUAUGUUUAAUGAUGAGGAAAUUUUUUCGAAAACAGUUGAAGUAUUGUUGGUAACAGCCACGGAAAAUGAUCUUCGUACGGCAGUGAAAGAAAUCCUAAACUGGUUUCAUGUAGUAGACAAUCCAAGGAAAGGUAUUUUUAGAGAUAAGCCAAAUGAUGUUUUUAUAAAACAUGCACAAUUAAUAAAACAUGCACAAAUAAUGGAACGUGCUGCACACGUGGCUAUUGACAAGAAUCGCUACGCUAUUCUUCGGGAAUUACUGAAGAUAAUACCAAAGAUAGUCAAUAAAUACUUUAUAAUAAAAGUCUGCAGGCAGCUGGAACAACUUAAAAGAUGUCAUAUAUCCGAUUGGGUAAAGUGUAUGGAAUUUAUGUUGGAUAAAAAAAAAGUGAAGCUUCAUGAAUUAAUGGAUGAUGAAUCUAAUACGCCACUGCAUUACGCGGCCAAAUCAGGCUAUAAAGAAGCAAUUGAUUUAUUUCUCAACCGAGGCUGUUAUAUCGGUCAUAUGAACAUGUUCAAUACACCGCCUAUUGCGUACAUCUCAAUGGACACGUUAUCAAGCUAUUUUGAUAGGUGUAUGCAGAUGAAAUCGGACGAACAAACGAAAGAGUCCAAAAUUGAGUUCAAUUAUUGCUGUUUGAAGCCAUACAACGAUUCACAGAUACAGGAUUCGGAUAUUCGCAAGUUUCCUGAAUUGGAGGUAUUCAAGUAUAUCGCCGACAACAGCAAUCUUAAACACUUGCUAAAGCACCCGCUGCUCUCAUCUUUUCUUUACCUUAAAUGGCGUAGUAUAGGAUACUUUUUAAGUUUAAAUUUUUUGAUUAACAUUUCCUUUUAUUUCCUGCUAAAUUCUUACAUUUAUCGUAUGGCAAUAAAUGACAGUUUUCCGAGACGAAUUAAUUUUGUUAAUGAUAAUGGGAAUUUUAGUGUAGGUUAUUUUAGAAAUUUGCCUUUUGACCCAAAGCUUCAUAAAAAUACAGUAAAGCUAGGUGAUGACAGUAGGGGUAUAUAUGCUAUUAUAGAAGACCCCGAAUACACAUGGUUAGUGUAUUACAUUCCUAUAUUUUUGAUAUUUUAUAUCUUGCGAGAAUUUCUCCAACUCGUUUAGCUGUUUUUGGCUAUACGUGAAGGAUUGGAAGACGAACGGUUUCCGGAUCUUACUAAUCGCAUUGACUAUCGCCUUGCUACUUGACGCGGGAUUUGAGAUCGGUAUCAUAGUAACCCUAUUAUCCACCUGGGAAUUCAUGAUCCUAAUUAGCCGUAAUUACCCAUGGCCAUCAUAUAUCACUCAAUAUCACAACAUUUCUAUCAUGAUUUUCCAAACAAUCUUCUGUAAUUUUGUACGUUUACUCUUUCCGUUUGUAUUCCUCAUCGGCGCAUUUGCUUUGAUCUUCCAUAAACUUUUCAAGGGCAGCGGGGAUAACAACUUUUCCAAUCCCGCCUUCUCGAUGAUCAAAACUAUUAUUAUGCUUACCGGCGAGUUCGAUAUUCCAUUCGCGAAGCACGACUCCGCGUGGAGCGGUGUUGUGCUCGUGAUAUUCGUUUUUCUCAUGGUCAUCGUAUUCAUGAGUAUGCUAAAUGGUUUGGCAAUUAGCGACGCCACCGAGAUUCUGAGCAAGGCCGAAUUGCAUGGUCUUAUUCACCGGUUAUAUCAGGUUGCCUACUUCGAGAACAUUGUCUGCACGAUCGGCGAAUUGCCUAAAAAAUAUUUCGGUAACCUCAUUAGUGAUAUUUUUCUGUUUCCACAGCUAGAAGACUCGAUCAUCUUAGACCGAGUCAGCUGUAAGAUUUAUGAUAGCAAGUUGAAAUAUUUGUUAAGCAAAUUUUAUUUGAAAAUGGAUUACAAUAUAUUCAAACAAGUUAAGCAAAUUAUCCUUAAUUUAUCCAAAAAUCAAUUUUCGAAUAAUGAUGGAAUAACGAAUGCGGAAAUGGAUUACGAUAUACUUAAACAAGCUAAGCAAAUUAUCCUCAAUAAAAAUCUACUUUUGGAUAAUGAUAGAAUAAUGAAUGCGUUAAGUAAGUUGCAGGAUGCGAUGGGAAUCGAAUAGGACUGAAAGUUUUACAAUGAAGUCCAGAGUGAGUUUUAUAUUUUAUUUUCCACAGAUGUAUUAAUAAAUAUUGUAAAAUGCUGUGACAAUAAUUAUAAUAUUAUUUGUAAAAGAGCAAAUGCUUUUUUGUGUAUAUAUAGUGUAAAAAGUUCAUAGAACUUGGGAAAAACAGUCGAAUUAUACUGGAUAAAAGUACAUUGAACGGAAAUUACUCUUUAUACGCGUCUGUUUCUCUAAGUUCUAUGAACUUUUUACAUUAUAUAUAUAUGGCAUAUUUACUUUUGGUAUCGAACGUAGUACUGUAUCUGAUAUUUACGUAUCCGAAGUAACGGGAAGUAUUAAUGUUCAGAAUGCAUGCAAAAGAAUGGCGUGCAACGUUACCGCAUCUUGGCAAUGUGUACAGAAGUCCACAAGUUUGUAUUAUAUAGAGAUACCUGUAUAAAAGCAGUGUACUCGAUUGCAUUAUAACAGUUAAUAAGUCGCGAUUCACAAAAGUAAUGCGGCAUCGUUAUAUGUUUGCAUAUUUUAAAGGAAACGACGCAAGAGAGAUUGAAUAAAGGGCUGCUGGAGCGUUUAUAGCACAGAGUUAUUUGCUUGCAUUUAGCAACUUUUAAUGACUCGUAACGCGGGCGAUGCGAUGCAAACGAUAAAGAAACUUGUGAGAUGCCAGCAACAAAGUGAUUACUGCUCCAGCGCAUUACGUUCGCUUAUUAGGAAAACAUUUUUUUUUAUUGUAAAUCUAUUAAUGUACUUCACGUAUAUUACAGUGUAAAGAAAAAUGUAACUCAAAGCGUUUAAUUUAUAUACAUUGAGCAGCGUACUAUUUUUGUCAAAUUAUCUUUUAACAAGAUUUUGCAAUUCAACUUCUAUUCCUUUCGUGGGCGAAGAUAUUGAGAAUCGUGCCAUCGAUCACAGCCUUUCAAUUUUUAAUAUUUUCAUAAAUUAGAACUUAUAACAUUAUAUCGUAAUUCUAUUCAAAGUUUAUUAAAUUGUAAAUAUCACAUUA